AUGCCCUCCGCCUUAAUUGUGACGUUCGCGCAAUCGACCGUCCUCAAUGCCAUUUCCAACCUCCUGGCGCAGCUAAUCGACCAGCGCAAAAACACCACUCCUUUCACACUCAACACACUCGCUCUCCUCCAAUUCGUCACGUAUGGCAUCCUAAUCGUGCCAAUCAAUUUCUACUGGCAACGCGCCCUGGAGGCGCGUUACCCAGGCUUUCCCUCACGCGCCGAGAUAUCAAAUCUCCUAUGCUCCUGGCGCUCCCUUCUCUCAUUCUCUGCUCUCCGGGCAUUCUUCUCUUCUGCUAUUUCAUCCGAGGCUUCCCCGCGACUUCACGACGAUGCUACUGCGCUGCCUCUGCAUCGCGAAAAGGAGAAGCAGAAGGAGACGGGGUUUUUGUUUGAUCUAACUGUGGCUGGGGCGAUGAAUAUUGUGCUGUUUGUUGUUUUGAUUAAUUUUUUGAAGGGGGAGAGUCUUGCGAAGGUGUGGGAGUUGGUUCUUGUGGAUUUCCGCCCCAUCAUGAUCGCCCGUUUGAAGUAUCGCCCCGUGGUCUCGACUUUGAUGUACACCGUCAUCCCUAUGGAUAGGCGGGUCGUCUUUGGCAGCGCCUGUGGGGUGAUCUGGGGCAUUUAUCUCAGUCUGUAUGCCGUGGUAUAA